UCACCUGCACGUGUAGCUGAGGUUCCGGCGGACGCUCCGCUUAAAGAAGCUUUUACAUCCUUCGCAGGUGAACACGCCGUAAUGUUUCCCACUGGACUUGUCCCCGCACACCACGCAGUCCAACACGCAGGCCUUGUCGUCCUCUCCUGCCUCCAUGUCGCUCCCGCCCGCCUGGGGAGAGCCGUCGUCAUCCUCCCUCUUCAGGUAGCUCUUGUCCCCCAGCCCGUUGGUGCCGCCAUUGGGAUCGCCCCAGCCCCCACUCACCAUGGCCAUCGCUUGGUUACCGAACCGCCGAGGAAGAGCACGCCACGGGCAGCCGAGAUUUGUGCUCGCCGUCAAGAGGGCAGCUUACCCACGUCAUCGUGUUGGACUGAGACUUGGUGCAUCAAAGAGCCUCCCUGAGAGAAUGUCACAAGAACAACAUCAGCCAUUGUCCUGCCGGCCGGCCGUGCACCGGAAAACACUGCUCAUGAUCCCAUAAAAAUGUUUUUGGCACACGGAGGAGGGCAUGCUUCACACACUGAGAUUGAUGGCUUCACCAAGAGAUAAGGAACUGAAGCCUGGAGCCUAUGAAAUGUCACCAUCUCUUGUGCAUAUUAGAAAGAAUUUUGAGAAAGCAAAGCACACUUCAUUUGAGCUUUCAAAAGUUGUACUAUCUUACAGUAGUACACACAUGUAUUUGCAUAGAGGCCACGUGUGAGGAAGGUCCCAGUAAGGAAGGCCAGACUGUGCAGUAGACUGAUGAUGGGAGGGGUCUGAAGUUCAGCGAACUUCCCAUCAUGGGAAGUGUGUGACCAAAGCAGUUUAUAAAUUCCUACCCGUGUUUACACCUCGCCCACAAUCUGAUCGAUUCUCAUGUUUUCAUCGUCACACAAAGGAAACGUCUGGCCCACUUUUCUAGUGCUUGUGGAGUUUUGUCAGACAGCGGGGCACCGACCGCACCAGACCUGGACUGAUGGUCUCUGAGUGUUUGAUAUAAGCCAACAUUGUCAUCCUCGGUUCCAGGAGGAACUUCAGCAUCUUUCUUUUGUGACUUUUUUUGGGCCCACCAGCACUCAUGUACAGUAGCGGUUACUCCCAGGUGUCCAAGUACUGCCCGCAGACCCAAAAGAAGAUGCAGUACCAGUCGAAGGGCAAGAGCUGCGGCUACUACCUGAGGAUCAUCUUCUUCUUCUCCUCACUGAUUCAGUCGCUCAUCAUCGUCAGCUUAGUGCUCUUUUUGGUCUACGGCAAGGAGCAGGACUCGGCAUCAACGGCGCGCAUACAGGACCUGGAGGAGAGCUUCAGCCGACUCUCCAUCGAGAACGUCGCGCUCAGUCAGCAGAGGCGGAACCUCACCAAUUUACUCAACGUCACCCUGAUCCAGAAUACCCGCAAUGAAUGGGACCUGAUUAGGAUUCGACAAAUCUCCAACAUCUCUGCCAUUAUUAUUCAAAACUUGGAAAAGAGGCUGCAACAGUCAAAUAUGGAACUGAUGAUUUGUAGGAACCAGGCACGUUUUCCUCAGACCUGCUCACAACCACUCAUUCAAAGUAUAGGAUGUAACUGCGGGCUGCAGACGGAACACCUGAACGCCAGACUGGAACUCAUCGAGUCCAACUUCACACAAACGACACAGAGAAUGAGGAUGGACUUGGACCAGAUUGCGAAAGAACGGGACGACCUUGAGCUGGAGGCCAUCCGUCUAAGAAAGGAAAAAUCUGUUCAUCAAAACGAGAUUGAGUUUUCCAGAAAAAGAUGCAAGGAAGACUUCGUCCAGUCCUUGAGUGGCAUCUCCAACGUCUCCAGAGCCUUUCUACUGAAAAUCGAAUCUCUCUUUCCCAACUACAUUGCACUGCAGCUCACCUGUCUGAAACAGCGAGAGCACCUGGAGCAGAUUCGCUCCAACUGCACCAGUCUGUCUCGAGAAGUGGUGGACCGGUUCCAGAACUACUUGAAUACCGUCGGAGACCAGGUGUCUGAGAUCCAGACCGAGAACAGCCACUUUAAGGCAGAGAACCUGCGACUCUUUGACGACUACCGCUCGUGCAGCCAGAACCGCACGGGUCUGAUCCAACAGCACAAACAAAACCUGGAGAAGCUUCAGCUGAAACACGACAAAGACUAUGAAAGGCUUCUCCUGGAGAAACGGAGGCUGAAUGGAGACAUUGAAGUCUUGGAAAAUAAGGUCAAUUAUAAAAAUAAAGAAGUUCAACACCUCACAGAACAACUCAGGCAGCUCAACAUGUCCUGCAUGGCUACGACCAGAUUGGGAGGAUUUCCAGGAGGUUCUUCUAGCUUUGGACAAUUUGGUAGAGGAGGGUCAGAUGGGUUCGGUUCAAGCUUUAACAAACCUGGCUUGGGCUCUCCCAGUCUUGGUUCUACUGGGUCAGGAUUAAACAGGCAAGGGUCGCUUGGUUUGGGCUCUCCCAGUCUUGGUUCUACUGGGUCAGGAUUAAACAGACCAGCAUCACCUGGCUUGGGCUCUCCCAGUCUUGGUUCUACUGGGUCAGGAUUAAACAGGCAAGGGUCGCUUGGCUUGGGCUCUCCCAGUCUUGGCUCAACUGGGUCAGGAUUAAACAGACCAGCAUCACCUGGCUUGGGCUCUCCCAGUCUUGGUUCUACUGGGUCAGGAUUAAACAGACAAGGGUCGCUUGGCUUGGGCUCUCCCAGUCUUGGUUCUACUGGGUCAGGAUUAAACAGACCAGCAUCAACUGGCUUGGGUUCUCCCAGCCUUGGCUCAACUGGGUCAGGAUUAAACAGACCAGCAUCAACUGGCUUGGGCUCUCCCAGUCUUGGCUCAACUGGGUCAGGAUUAAACAGACCAGCAUCAACUGGCUUGGGCUCUCCCAGUCUUGGUUCAACUGGGUCAGGAUUAAACAGACCAGCAUCAACUGGCUUGGGCUCUCCCAGUCUUGGUUCAACUGGGUCAGGAUUAAACAGACCAGCAUCAACUGGCUUGGGCUCUCCCAGUCUUGGUUCAACUGGGUCAGGAUUAAACAGACCAGCAUCACCUGGCUUGGGCUCUCCCAGUCUUGGUUCAACUGGGUCAGGAUUAAACAGACCAGCAUCACCUGGCUUGGGUUCUCCCAGCCUUGGUUCAACUGGGUCAGGAUUAGACAGGCAAGGGUCGCUUGGCUUGGGCUCUCCCAGCCUAGGUUCAACUGGGUCAGGGUUAAACAAACAAGCAUCACCUGGCUUGGGUUCCUCCAGUCCCGGCUCAACUGGGUCAGGAUUAAACAGACAAGCAUCACCUGGCUUGGGUUCCUCCAGUCCAGGUUCUACUGGGUCAGGAUUAAACAAACAAGGGUCAACUGGGUUAGGCUCUUCGGGUCUUGGAACAACUGGGUCAGGAAUAAACACGCUAGGAUCAACUGGGUUGGGCUCUUCCGGCAUAGGUUCAACGGGGUCAGGAUUAAACAAACAGGGAUCAACUGGGUUAGGUUCUUCCAGUCUGGGCUCUACUGGGUCACGGUUAACCACACUUGGGUCAACUGGGUCUGGUUUAAAUAAACUAGGAUCAACUGGUUUGGGCUCCUCGAGUCUUGGUUCCACUGGUUUAGGAUUGAACAAACUAGGAUCAUCUGGGUUGGGCACCUCGAGUCUUGGCUCGGCUAACACCGGCCAAAGUAAGCCAGGAAGCGGGGUAGGGAGAGGAACAGCAAAUGGAUCUCCACUUGGAGCAGGAAGGACCAGUAGUCCUGGAGGUGGAUCAGUCAACAUCGCCCAGCACCUUCUAGACCUGCAGCGCAUCAUCAACCCGUCUUACUCCUCUGAGGAGAGACAAGAUCUUUCCAGAAUGUUGGGUUAGUGGCGUAUCGUAGCGAUGACAUCUGACACGCAGCUCUUCAUAUUGAUUUCACUUUCUGUUUUAUUAUAAAUCUACUUUCUAGUAUACUGUGCUUUAUUCUAAAAUAUGUACAUUGACAAGAAUAUCCCAACCAUAGCACUUUUAAAACGCAAAUGAUGUGUAUGUAUGUUUCUACAAUCAUGUAAACACGCCUUUGUAGUAUUUUUAUCGUGUAAAUACAGAGAAGGCUUUGUUCAAUUGUGGCCAUCUCUUUUUAAUAAACAAAUCUACUUGAGAUAUUACUCCAUGCUGACACGGAAAUAACUGUUUGUCCCCGUGUGCGUCACCUAUUGUGUGGCUAAUGGCUGCCCCCCCCCCCCCCCCCCCCCCAGCGAGUUGAAGAUGAAAAUGACCGGCGCUGUGAUUGAAUCCAUCCACCGUGUUUACGCUUACCUGCCAACCUGUCAGCGCUACAGCGACUGCAGACAGGCGGCGCCUCCACCCUUGUUGAUGAAAACAAUACCCUGUACUUGACCGUAAAAAGAACAUGGACGUCCACUCUUUAAACAAAAUCCAAAUAUAUCUUCCCAAGCAAAUAAACACAAGGGCAGACAUCUUUGGAUGAAACCUCAUGU